CCAGUUCUAUCGCCACUCUCCCUCUACUCUCCCCAUCUCCCAGCCACCUCGCCCUCACGACGACACGCAACCUCACCAUGUGAUACUCGACCACGGAGCCUACAUCGAUAUCCUCUCUACCUACACCUCUUUGCGCGCGAGCCUUCAGCUUCCCUCCUCACUGCUCCGAGCAGUUAAUGCCUCCUCUCAUGCUAGCGACAUUACCAGCUAUAAAUAAUAAUCUUAAUAUAUCACCAUGGUUGCGAGGUGGAAUAAGGGCACUCUCGCUGUGGGUGCUAUGGCAGCGGCGACGUUCGCGAGCGCCGCCCCUCUUGAUUACUUUCCAAUCAACUCCCAAUUACCGCCUGUGGCACGGAUAUCCGAGGCCUUCUCUUUCACCUUUUCCCCCUUAACCUUCUACUCGCCUUCAAAUAUCACGUACCGGCUCGCCAACGCACCGGGAUGGCUCUCUAUCGAUAGCUCCUCGCGUCGGCUGUUCGGCACACCAGGCGACGACGGCGUGCCGCCGGGCGAGGUCGUUGGAAUUCCCAUAGAAUUAGUCGCUGAGGACGAGACGGGUUCCACAACGACCAAUCCGGUUUUGGUUGUGUCUAGAAACCCUCCGCCUACCGUCUCCGUGCCAGUCUCCGAGCAGCUCCCCAAGUUUGGGCCGUACACGGCCCCCGAUUCCGUGUUGCUGCACCCUUCGAAGCCGUUCUCUUUCCCUUUCGACAGAGACACUUUCCGCACGAAAAAUAGGAACGGCGGACUCAGCUUUUACGCUGUGUCGGACAACAACGCUCCUCUGCCUUCGUGGAUAAGCUUCGAUGCAGAUAGCCUCACCUUUUCUGGAGAAACGCCUCCGUUUGAAUCUCUAGUCCAACCCCCGCAGACAUUUGCCUUUCAACUGGUCGCAUCGGACGUGGUGGGGUUUGCCUCCGCCUCGGUAUCAUUCUCGAUCGUGGUCGGGAACCACGAGCUAACCGCUAAGCCGCCGGUGGUCAAGCUAAACGCGACGCGGGGAGAGCUCUUUGAAUACGAAGACCUGUCUGAUGUACUUAAACUCGACAGAAGGCCCCUGAGACCGGAAGAUGUGACGACGAUCACCGCGCUGGAUCUGCCUUCUUGGUUGUCUUUCGAUAACGAGACUUGGAGCUUGAAGGGCACCCCCGGGCCGACGGCUGAGUCGUCCAACAUCACCAUUGUCGUUGUCGAUAAGCAUUCUGAUACCCUAAACUUGACGCUCGAAGUCAGGUUUUCUUUAUUUGUCUCCGAGUUGCCCGAUCUGGACCUAGAGGCGGGGAGCGACUUUUCGUUCGAUCUAAAGAGGUACCUGUCAAAGCCGUCGGAGGUUCAGGUUGAGGUAGAAAGCGAACAGAAUAUGCCAUGGGCCAAAUUCGAUUCUGCGUCGAUGAUAUUAUCUGGGACUGUCCCGAUGCCCCAGCUCGCGAAGUUCGCGACGUCGCUUAGCAUCGUCUUCAACGUGACCUCCAAGAAUACGGACGAAACAGAGGUGAAGGCUAUGGAGGUCCACAUCAUCGCUCCAUCUUCCACUAAGCCGUCUCGACCGACUGCCGAACCCGCAGAUCCUGACGCCGAUGCUGCGAGGAGAAAUCUACUCUGGCUUCUCGUGAUACCGUUCCUACUGAUAUGCAUCGGCGUCGUAUUGCUCGUGUUCUACGUCCGGAGACGGCGUCGCCAACCUGCGGGGAUCGACAUCCGGGAAGUGUCCGGGCCCGUACCGGGAAGCUUCGUGGCUAACCGUGCCGAGAGCCUUGCUAGGAGCUCCACUCGAGAUCUAAGGAAGGUAGUGAAUGUACGGCCACCUAUCCCCUCCUUCGCUAGUAGGUCGGCGCAAAACAGCUACGAAGCUGCUGCUGCUUCUUCGGAUCAACAGUCCUCUGGGAGUGAGUCGACGAGCCCGAGCUUGAGCGGCAACAUAAUGCCGCAUGCUCUGGCAAUGCACUCUGGAGCGGGGUCACCCAAGAAUAGUGUUAUCUUCGAGACGAGAAGCUCCUGGUCCGCGGGCCAACCUAGCAGGCCAUCCCCCGGAGGUUCGGCCAGGACAGACGAGGCCAGCCUAUUGUCAGACACUAGUCUCGGGGAAGGGGAGGUGUAUAUCGCAGAAGCACACUUAUCUACUAUCCAAAGACAUCGGGUCGAAGCAUUCCGAGGGCUUGAGGUUCCGCGGGUUUCGGGGCCCUUCAGCAUCCAAACCACGCCCGAGACGGCUUACACACCCAAGAGAAACGACCACGUGUUAGCCAGCGCGACGCCGCCAGCAGUAGGUUAUGCCGCACAGCGGGGGUCAGCUCAGCAGCAAUCUGGUCUCGGCCUCCGCGGCGUCGGUCAAAGGCUAUCCCAGCUGUGGAAGGGGGACAGCUCGAGCCGGCGGUCCAAACAUAGAGACCGGAGUAGUAUCAUGAGUUCCUCCACGGGGCAGACGACCCGCACAAGUAUUCUAACAUCCGGAAUAGCGGAGGAGGAGGAGGAGGCUACAACGAGCGCCAAUACGGUUGCGAGGCCGACUAUAAUACAUAUCCCUAGCAAGCCGGAGGAGGUACGGCAGAUGAGCAGGAGAACUAACGAGUCCUCGCCUCUUUUUGGCGGGCGCUCGGUGACGAGAUCGCCGCGGAACUUUGGGCUAGACAGUAGCCCAUCACCACAAUUUACUUUAGGGGAGAGCCCCGAGUUGCCGCCGAACACAGCGGGCCUCGUUAUCCCUUGCAACAGGAACGAUUCGUGGGGCCUUCUGGCGAGAAAUUCCUUAGGGAUCACCUAUAAGGAUCUUGCAACAACCCCUGGGCCAGGAGCAGUCUACCCAGAACCCGAAUCACCGCCAGGUAUAACUCGAGAAAACUGGAUAGUUCAUGGCGGAAACCAAGAUGUCUUGUCACCGGGGCGAUGGCUGCAGCCUAGCACACCUGCGAACAUGGUGGGUAUAGCCAAAACCUCACCCGCAAAUACUUCUAGUGAGCUGCCACGGCUUCCACCCCCGACGGCAUUUGCGAUACCCAGGGGCGAAGGACAAGCGGCUCUGGAACGCCGGUCGUCACGGACUCCCAAUUUCAGCCGACAGCCGUCGACGAGCUCGAGGUCUGAUAGGUCUCACAUCUCCCGAGAAGGCCGGCCAUACCACAGCCGGGCACACAGGCAAAGAGUCCCAGACGAGAUCCAAGUCCUAGUGUCGCGAACGCCGUCCGUGGAAAGCGCGGGGGCGCCGCCAACGCGGCCCUUGCCGGAGACGCCGACGCGAACUGGCAGGGCACCGUUAGGAGAGCUGCGCAACGAAUCGUAUCAUCCUUCGGGGGCAGAUGGACGGAGUUCCGGGGCCAGAGGGACGCCGUCUAGGAGCUGGCAGACAAGGAAAAGCGCCAAGAGUGCGAAAAGCGUGCAGAGUACGUGGGCGGACGGGGAUGACGACGAAGAUGCGUGGGAAGACGUGCGCCCACCAACGACACUGGACGGGUGGGACCGGGAGGAUAGCGAGGGAAGUUUUGCCGUUUAUAUCUGAUGUGUAUUACGGAGCGGGAAUAUGAUACCUGCCUACCGGCCUGCCGGCCUGCCUAGGCACCUAAUUGCUAUUAUUAGUUAAAGACCACUUAAGGAAUUGACGAUAAGCAUUCUGCUGAAGGCGUCGAGCGUUGAUAUAUCGCCGUACGUCGGGUCUGCGAUCUCUUGCUAACCGGCCCAUUUAUCAUUCUGGCCAUCUACGUAGGAUGCUGGAAGGGUGAGAACAUGAGGCUCGCGGGCGGGCGGAGGUUGCGCGUACGGGCAUGCCGAUAGCACGUAUUUGCCCUAAUCUAGUU